AUUAAAGAGACUGGAGGCGGCCGGGCCCGGGGCUGAGCGAAACAGCGGCGGGAUAAUUUUGUUCCGUAUAUAAAAGCACACAAUAUACAGGGAAAAAUAUUCAAAAAUAUACAUAAUUACAAACAAAAACUCACGUAUUAAAAUCCUUCUUUGAAAUUCAAGUACACAAUUAAAAAAUAAGGAAAAAUGGCCGAGACAACCGCAAUCUCUUCAUUAGAAUCAGAGCUCUACUUCCUAAUCGCUCGCUUUCUCUCGGCCGGUCCUUGCCGAAAUUCGGCGGAGGUGAGUGGUUUUUCUUUCAAUUUAAUAGCUUGGGCAACAGGACAACCAUCUUCAGUUGUUACACCAACGAAUAAAAUAUUUUUCUGUCUAUUUUGGCAGGUGCUGUUGCGAGAGCUGGAGGAGAAAGAGCUGCUCCCAAAGCGUCUUGACUGGGAAGGUAACGAACACCACAGAAGCUAUGAAAACUUUCUUUUAUCAAAUCGGCACGUGCCGCCUGAUUAUCUGCUACGGAUAUGCCAACGAAUUGGCACAUUGCUGGAUAAGGAAGUUCCUCCAAGUGUGUCUGGAGUACAGUCCCUUCUUGGAGCAGGGCGACAAUCGUUGCUACGAACUGCAAAAGAUUCCAAACAGGUAGUAUGGAGAGGCUCAGCUUUUGCAUCUCUUCAUAGAGGGAGACCACCUGAAAUGCCUGUUUGUUAUGGGAAACCACCUAGCGUGGUGGAAAUAGUCCGUGGCAGACAAUUGACAGGAUAUGGACGUUUUAGUUCAAUUUUUCCAACCAGCACCUUUCAGCAUAUAAAGAUGCAUCGGAGGAUUCUUGGACAUCUGUCUUCUGUGUAUUGUGUUGCUUUUGAUCGCACAGGUCACAGGAUUUUUACUGGCUCUGAUGAUUGUCUUGUAAAGAUCUGGGCCACACACACUGGUCGAUUACUCUCCACCUUGCGUGGCCACUCUACUGAAAUUUCUGAUAUGGCUGUGAAUUACGAGAACUCUAUGUUAGCUGCUGGCAGUUGUGAUAAGCUAAUUCGAGUCUGGUGCUUGAGAACAUGCGCUCCCGUAGCUGUGCUACAAGGACAUACAGGAUCCAUUACUUCUUUGCAGUUUGGUCCAAUGAGUAAAGGUUCAGUCCGGUACAUGGCCUCUACAGGAUCUGAUGGGAGUGUGUGUUUUUGGCAGUGGGAUUCAGAUACGCUAAAGUUUAAGAAUCAGCCAUUGAAGUUUACAGAGCGGUCGAGACCAGGCUCUCCAAUGAUUUGUUCCUCAUUUAGCAUUGGUGGUAUGUUUCUAGCAGCUGGCAGCAGUGAUCAUGUGAUUAGAAUAUAUUAUCUGGGAUCUGGAACACCUGAGAAGAUUUCUGAAUUAGAAUCUCAUGUGGACAAAGUAGACAGUAUUCAGUUCUCGAACAACGGUGAUAGAUUUGUCAGUGGUAGCAGAGAUGGAACAGCACGAAUCUGGCAGUACCAGUCCCAAGAGUGGAGAAGUCUCUUACUGGACAUGAGUGCCAAAUUGCCAGGUGACACUUGUCCAGGUGAUGAUAAGAUCACAAAACUUAAAGUAACAAUGGUGGCAUGGGACCGUCAUGACAAUACUGUAAUCACUGCUGUCAACAACCAUACUUUAAAGGUGUGGGAUUCUUAUUCUGGACAAUUGCUGCAUAUCCUAAUGGGUCAUGAAGAUGAAGUGUUUGUUUUGGAGCCUCAUCCAUUUGACUCAAGAAUAAUUUUGUCUGCUGGUCACGAUGGGAAUAUCUUUAUUUGGGAUAUUACUAAAGGAACAAAAUCUCACCAUUAUUUUAACAUGAUUGAAGGCCAAGGUCAUGGUGCUGUAUUUGACUGCAAGUUUUCACCAGAUGGCCAGCAUUUUGCUUGCACUGACUCACAUGGACAUUUGCUUAUAUUUGGAUUCGGAUGCAGUAAAUUGUAUGAAAAGAUUCCAGAACAAAUGUUUUUCCAUACUGACUAUCGGCCAUUAAUUCGUGAUGGAAACAACUUUGUCUUGGAUGAGCAGACUCAGCAGGCUCCCCAUCUCAUGCCACCACCAUUUCUGGUGGAUGUGGAUGGGAAUCCUCAUCGAACAGAAUAUCAGCGAUUGGUGCCAGGACGUGAGAACUGUCAAGAUGAACAACUCAUACCACAGUUAGGAUAUGUGGCAACAAGUGAUGGUGGUGUUGUGGAGCAAGUAAUUGGGCAGCAAACAAAUGAACAAGAUGAACAGAACGCAGAACUUAGUAUUCUGGAUGGCCUAAUUCAAAAUUUGCAACAGGAACAAGACCAGCGGAUGGGAACUGAACAAAAUGGAUUAAAUGGUCCACAUAACAGAAUCAGCACACCUGCAAGAGCUAUAAGGAACCCAAGCUCUGAUGUUUUGUCACCACCAAAUGUGGGAUUGCGUCGAAGUGGGCAGAUUGAGGGUGUUCGUCAGAUGCAUCAUAAUGCUCCUCGUAGCCAAAUAGCAACAGAAAGGGACAUAAUGGCCUGGAAACGAAGAGUGGUGGUACCAGAAAUACCACCAAGUGUGAACAGCUUGCAGGAAGAUUUUAGGAUUGCCAAAAGUGAGGAGGAAAUUGCCCUAUAUAUCAGAGAGAAGAAAAAACGAUCAAUUUAUUCUGCACAAAGGAAUGAUUCCUUGGAUUCAUUUGAACGUACAAAAAGAAAAAUGAGGGGACGCCGUUGUGAGCAGCGUAAAUAUCGAACUCGAGCUGCUGUUGAAGAAUUGGCUGAAUUUUUCCAAGAGGAAGCAGAAGAAGUUAGCACAGAAGAAGAGAGUAAUUCAGCAGAGGGCAGUGGAGGCUCUUCAGAAGAGUGGCAGAGCGAAAGUAACAGCUCAAGUGAUUCGUCCAGUGAUUAUUCGGACUGGACAACAAAUGCAGGAAAUAAUCUUCAGCCACCCAAAAGACCAAGCAGGCGACGAGCUCCGCGCUUACUGAGUAGCUCUGAUGAUGAACAGGAUGAUAAAGCCAAUGAACUUUGGAAUAAAAAGAUAAAGAAACCCAAAGGAAGACCACGAAAGAAACCAAAUCUUCUACCAACUGGUGAUGGUUCAAUAUUAGAGGAAUGGCAUCCACCAAAGUGGAUUACUGACACUGUGCCGCGCAGAUCACCUUAUGUUCCACAAAUGGGAGAUGAGGUUGUCUACUUCCGGCAAGGUCAUGAAGCUUAUGUUGAAGCUGUUAAAAAGGCUAAAAUAUACACCAUCAGUAAGCGCAAACAGCCAUGGCACAAGAUGGAACUUAGGGAUCAGGAAUUUUUGAAAAUUGUUGGGUUAAAAUAUGAAGUUGGCCCUCCCACACUAUGCUGCCUCAAGCUUGCCUUCAUCGACCAUGAAACAGGCAAAAUUAUGGACAAAUCAUUUUCAGUUAAGUACCAUGACAUGCCAGAUGUGAUAGAUUUUCUUGUUUUACGUCAAUUUUAUGAUGAAGCAAGAAAAAGGAAUUGGAAAGCAAAUGACAAAUUCCGAUCUAUAAUAGAUGAUGCUUGGUGGUUUGGGACAGCAUUGAGUCAGGAGCCGUUCCAGGCAACAUAUCCAGAUAGUCAUUUCCAGUGUUACACUGUUUGCUGGGAGAAUAACGAAAUUGAGAGGCUCAGUCCUUGGGAUAUGGAACCCAUUUCUGAAAAUGCCCAGUAUCCUGAUGAUCCAAGUGCUGGUGUUUCUGUGACUGUGGAAGAGCUAGAAGCUCUGCUGUACAAACCUCAAGAGGGAGAAUGGGGUGAUAGAUCAAGAGAUGAAGAAUGUGAACGCAUUAUCAAGGGCAUUGAUGAUGUUCUGACACUUGAUAUAGCAGCUCCCUUUAAUGCACCUGUAGACCUUCGUGCAUAUCCGACAUACUGUAUGGUGGUUUCUUACCUCACUGACCUCAGCACUAUCAGAAAGAGAUUGGUCAAUCGGUUUUACAGGAGGAUCACUGCACUUGUGUGGGAAGUGAGGUAUUUAGAACACAAUGCGCAAACUUUCAAUGAACCAGACAGCCCUAUUGUUAAAUCAGCCAGAAGAAUCACUGAUCUACUUCUUAAGUUCAUUGAGAAAAGAGACUGUUAUGAUAUUUUUGAGAUUUGGAAUACAAUGGAGAAUUGUUCAAUGGACUCCCAAGAAGAGGACGAGAGUGGUGCUACAACCAGUGUUGCAGGGACAUCUACUCGGAGAAAUCACCUAAGGCAUGAAUUGGGUAGCAGCAUGAUCUGUGAUGCCAAUGCAUGGAAAGCACAGUGCAGAAGUCUGGUGGAGGUCCUAUUUCAGUGUGAGGAUUCCGAACCAUUCAGGCAGCCUGUCGACCUCGCUGAAUAUCCAGACUACAGGGAUAUUAUACACACUCCAAUGGACUUGGGAACUAUAAAAGAAGCAUUAGAAAUGGAAAAUUAUGAAAGUCCAAUCGAUCUUUGCAAAGAUGUGCGAUUAAUCUUUACUAAUGCUAAGGCUUAUUCCCCAAACAAAAAGUCUAAGAUAUAUAGCAUGACUCUGAGACUGUCUGCAUUUUUUGAGAACCAAAUUCGAAAAAUCAUCUCUGAUUAUAAAACUGCUCAAAUGUACAAUAAAAGGAAUCAGCACAAAUGGAGAUGUAAGAAACGGAUACACAGUUCUGAUGCCUCUAGGUCAACCAGUAGAGCAUCCAGUCCAGAGCGAAAAAAGAAACCAAUAAAGCCUCAAACAAAAGUUGAACAUCUUUGUAAAACUUCUACCUCAUUAAGCUCAUCUCAGAACAGUACAAGUGGCACUGGUGAUAGUGCCUCCAGUGAUGCUUCUGAGCAUUCUUCCACUUUACCCAGAGUGAGGAACACAAGGGCCAGGGCACCUGCCCCCACAGUAAAGAAAGAAGGAAGAAAGGAUUUAUUGAAUGGGUCAGUUGGAUCAACAACAGUAUCAGAAAGUGGAGACUCCAGUGAAAGUUCUGCCGAAGCGAAUAAUUGUACUAUGAAAUCUUCAACCUCUUCUCCAAAUUUUACUGAAACAGAAUGUCUGGCAGGCAGCAGUAGGACAGUAAAAAAGCGAGUCUUAUCUAAACACAAAAUAGAAACAAGUGCUAGUGGUACUCGGAUAAAUGGACAUAAUAGAAAAUUGGUCCGUCAGACCACAGCAGCUAAGAAACGCAAGAUAUUGAGUGAUUCUGAAGAAGACUCGCAACCAGAGAGGGAUCAGGAGAUAUUUGGUGGUGUUAAGAAAAGAAAAAAUGUCAAUGUUGUGGAAGAUGAUGACUCUAUCUCUGACAUCCAGGAGCAGCAGCCGGGGGCGGAAAUGGUUCACAGCAAAAGUAGUUCCAGUAGCAGAACUAGUUCUACAUCUGAAGGCAGCUCAAGCUCUAGUUCUGAAUCAAAAUCACAGUCAGACUCUGAAUCUGAAUCAGGAUCUGCUUCUGACUUAGACAGUGAUUACAAUGUGAAAGCAAAGUCAAAAGUUAAAGUGAAAAUAAAAUUGAAAAAAGGGAGACCUAGAAAAGUUAAACGGAGAGGAAAAAAUAAAGCUGUCACUAAACAAGGCACCAACAGAUUAGAAUACAUGAAACAGCAGAAUAUCUUGGACAGUGAAGAGGAAGAGGGAGAUGAUGAUGAUGACUCUGAUUAUGUCAAAAGGGAUUGUGUUUGUAGACCCUCUGCAAUAAGGACCAGAAACCAAGGCAGAAGGACUGUAAGAUAUGACGAUUAUGAUUCCGAUACGGAUGGUGUCUUACAUAAUGAGAAUAAUGGAAUAUCCAGGUCUGGACGGGUACGGCGGAUACCCAUGAGAGUGAGAGAUUGAGAGGCAGCCAUUUAUUGGCAUCGUACCACUGUGAAUUUUUUCUCUAGAAUUUCAGGGAUUAUAUUUAUAUUUUUUUCUGGAUUUAUUUUCUGAGGGGGGGGGAAGCUGGCUGUUCACAGAUACAAAAAAUCAUGAUUGAUGCUGCAAACAUUAAGCAACAUUUAACAGCACAACAUACAGAAAAAGGACAUAAGGAACUCUAGUCAUGUCUGUGGACCAUGCAAGAAAAGAGUCUCUAACUCACAUUUGUCUCCUAUUGAACACUACAACAAAAUGUAUUUAUUUUUACUGCCUUGUGUGUACUUUAGGUCAACUGUCUCUUCAGUAGUCAAAGUAGCUAUGUUUCCAAAUUUGGGUGCUGGAUUAUGAAUCAAAAGGGAUCAGUUUGCACCCAUCUCACUAUCGGUGAUAAUGACUCCAUGAAUUGAAUUUGUUCAAAAUUUUUGUCAAAACUGUACUUUAAUACUGAUUUAGAAAUUAUUUUUGGAAGAGGAUGAGUUUAAGAGAAUGAAAUAGCACUGCAGUAUGGAAAAGAUGAGAGUUUCUUUGAAGUAGGUGUGCAAAAUUAAACAAAAGUCUGUAAAUUUGCCCUAAUUCCAGUGUACCUUAUUUGGAUGGAUAAUAAUUUAAUCUGUUGGGAUUUUGUUUGUUAUUUGUCUGUCUAGUCAGCAGCCAUAGUAACUGUCUGAUUACUUUUCUGAUCAUCGUGUUUGGUUAAAGGACAGAAUAAAGCAAUGUUUGCUGCUGGCCUUAAUGCUCAGAGUAUAUACUAUAUUUUCCCAUUUAUUGCAAGCUUGAGAGCAAAGAGAAGUUAAAUAUUUAUACUGUGCCAAUUUUAUACAAAUAGUGCAGAAUAUGCACAUUUUGAAAUGUAAGGGAUCGUUUGGAGUUGAAAUGAGGGGAAUAAAAACUAACUUAGGAGCAGAUAAACUAUAAAAUGCAAGAAAAAAUGUACUUGAAUCUGGUUUAAACUUGGUUAUACCUCUUUUUCUCUGGUAAAUUACUUAAGUUAAAAAAUUAAUCCAGUCUAGUUUAUGUAAUUAAAUUUGAUGUUUCAACAUCUAUGCAAAUAAUCAGUGCUUGCCAAAAGGUAGUCUUAAAAUUAAGUCCUUCAUUAAGGGCAUCUUCAAAAUAUCUCAUUAAAAAUGGUGAUCUGAGCUAAACCCAAGCAUGCUUAACUUACUCUGAAAUGAUAUGGUGCACUUUGGCUGUAAUAAAUAGUGUGUUUAUUCCAAAAUAAUGCAAUUUUCCUAAAUGUGCAGAAAAUUAAUUGUAUCUUCAACCUAUACUUUCAACUGGUCCUAUAUCCACUUACAGAGUUUGUAUAAUUAGAUCAUCUUUCGUGCUGUUCAACUUUAAAAGCAGUGAUUUACACUGAUGUGCAGUAAUGUAGGUUCAGCUAGUCUUGGCUGAACAUCCAUCUAUGUGUAGCUAGCUGGUGAACAUUUAGACUUAGCUAACCAAAUUGUUGAAGGGAUUAGUGUUUUUACCCAAACUUGAUCUAGACUUCAAUCAGCAACAAGCUGCAAAACUAGUUUUGGAAAAUAAUAGGUUCUCCCGUUUAUUUUCUCAGCCCAGUCUGAUUAACUGCAAUGACCUUACAAUUGUGCAGACUGAAAUUAGCCAGCAACAAAUAAUUGGAAAUUUCCUUUUAUGUGUCUCUUGGAGCAAUGCUAUACUGAAGAGUCUGGUGUGAUUCUUUAAAUUCCAAGUUAUUUUCUAAUUUAAUUUCUUCAGCAAAAGUCACCUGGGGUGGCAUGCAAUGUUUGACCAGGUCUGCAACAAAUCGGUGAUGCCCAAAUGUUGGUAGAUAGUGGCUUCAACUUUGAUAAUGUCUUCAACUUGGUAAAUGUUACAAACCACAACUUUCACAGGAGUGCCACAAGAAAACUGAUUCGUUAUUUUGUAAUGUUCCAUUAUUUUGGAAUGAAAUGCAUCAAAAUUAAUUUUCCCAGUCACUAAUAGUCAGGAUUCUUCUGCCUAUUUAUAAUAUUUAUUCAAAUCUAUAAUGUAUCCCACAUGAUACAAGAUUGACUUGUUUACUGAAGAUGUGAAUGCACUGUUAUUAGUAUAUUCCAAGAGAUGGUAUCAUAAUUUAAUUUGAAGAUCAAUGCAAAACAACUGUGCAGGUUUUUUUCACAGGAAUGUACAAAUUUCACUUUUGUUUAUGGUGAGCCAUUUAUUUAGUGAAGUAUUUGUACUUAAAUCAGGUCAGUUUAAUUUUUCCAAAUUAGAUUUUCCUACAAUUUAAUGUCUUCACCUUUAGACUUCUCAAAAGUUCUAAGAUAACAGUUAAAUUAAACCUCUACUCCUUGCACAGUUUUUCAAAGAGCAAACAAAGGAUUUGUAUGUCUGAAUUUGCCAUACUGCUUUAAUUUUUGCAGUGUGGGACCAGUAGCCAUCAUUCUUUAGAGAUGUCCUAUCAUCUGUAUCAAUUUCUAUUUACUACAUUUUUUUUCUAGGAUGACAAAUAGAAGGAAAAUAAUUUUUUAAAAAAAGUUCUUUCGUACUGUUCAAUUAUAAAAUGCAUACAUAUUUUCCAUUUCUCAUAUGCAAAAUGUUGUUUGAAUGCCAAAUGAUCACUCUGAAGAAGAGGAAGUAGUCGAACUCUUGUCAAGAGAAUCUUCUGAGAUUUAGUAUGAUGAUGGCAGCCAGCUUUGCUCAAUUUGAUAGUUUAAAGAAAUAUGUACAACCGCCUGUAACAGCAAGUGGCCUUUUAGCUCAUCCACAGUUUAUUGGUGUGGAGUUGUGCUUAUAAAGAAAUUUGGUGCCUUUAGUUUUGUCCGUGCCUACAAUUAUGCUAGAUGAUAUUCAUAAUCUUUUGAUGUUUUUUGUCCUCAGGAACAUAUUAAACUAUGUUUUUCCUUUGCUAACCAUGCCAUUCCUUCCCAUGUUUAAUUCUAAUGUUACAGAAUAUUUCACUCUCAGAUUUAAUAUCAUUUCAAAAUGGAAAGCUUUGAAAUGGUGAUAGUUUUUUUGUAAAAUGUUAACAGGCAAUUUUAGCCUAAUUUGCAGGGGAAGGAACCCAUAGAGUCAGAUGGAUUCAAUAUUAUUUCAUUGCGUCAAUAGUAAGUAACAUUAGGAAAAACCAAGCAGGAAUUGGCAAAAGAUUCUGGGUUUUCUGGUGGACGUUAGGUUAAAAUUGUCCCCAAGUAACUUGUCUGAUUUUCUUGCAUUAACCAAAAGUCAAAACUUAUUAAUUAUCAUCUUCGAAAGACUUUUAUUUUAGGUUAAGCAUUCCCUUGAUAAUAUUUUGACUUGAGUGUAAGUGGUGAAAAUACUGCAGAUAGAAAAUGAUGCCUAAAUAUAGAAGAGCAGAUAAUUCUCUCAGAUACUUGCAUUUCACCGGUAAUUGUUAGGUAGCUAAACAAUCGAUGUCUGUAAUGAGUAAUGAACCAUCAGUGGAAUCACAGUAUCCCACCUGUUCUUAUCCCAACUAUAUUUCAAUGGAUGUAAAGAAGACGGUUUAGAAAAUAGUAAAGGUGAAGUCAUUUUGAUAUCUAAAAUAUCAUGCAAUGCUGAUAUUGAGGAAAUCAUUCAUUGGUAUAAACUAAAUCUUCAUGAUGGCUCUAAUUUUAUUUAUUGAAAUGUUUUUCUCUUGCCCAUUCCAAUAACAUUGAACAACAAAAUUCAGAGGUGGUUGUAAAUUUAGGAAAUGGGCACAUGGUACUAGCUCUUUGAAUUUGUUUCAAAGUAUGCAUUCCAACCUUAACAAGAAGGCAUUUUUGCUUUAUUGUGCACAUUUUCUUCUAGCUCCUACUCUCAUUCCAAACCCUCAUUGUUAAAUCAUAUUUUCCCUGCAAAUCAUGGUAAAAUUCCUAAAGGAAAUAAUUUUUAAAAAUGCACUUUGCAAUUGACUUACUCCCUUGGCACUCUAACAUUUAGAGACUGCACAAAAACGAUAUAGAUCUAUCUUUGUUUUCCAACUUUGAAACAGAAAAUGCUGUGAAUAAUCAGCAUCUAUGGAGAACAUGACUUCUCACAGGUUUUUAGCUCUGUUUCCCAACACUUUGCAUCCCUCCCUCCAUCUCAUGAUUCUAUAAUCUACUUAAAGCUUUAUAACUCCACUCUGUCCCUUAUAUUGUGGUAACAUUAAAAUAUUAUAAACAGACGUAUUCCUUUCAUUACCAAUGACAAUAAAAGCUGAGUAAUUAAAUGCAAUACUUUACAGCAUUAUGCUAUUCAGCCAAUCUGUUGUCAAAAUCAAAUCAUGUUAUAUCAGCAGAGAUUAAUACCCUAACAUCUCUCAAGAUACACUAAUGUAUUCUAGUUCUUAAAAAAUUACAGUUUAAUCUUGAGCAAGAUCAAUAAAAUUUGAGUAUUAAUUUGAAUGGGUAUGACUCCAUAAAAUCUGGUAUCUUCCACAUCUUCCACUAAUUUUUAGCCUUAAUGAUAUAAGCAGGUUGAAUGGAAUCAUUGAUUCUGAAUACUCUCAAGAAGAAACUUCACCUGAGUUGCUUAAAAUGUGCCUACGUGGUUAAUGUCAGAAAGUUGUUCAAUUAGAGACUGUAUUGGAAUGAGAUAAAUAGUAACCUCAAAUAGGAAAUGCAUUUUUUCUUCCUCCUUUUCUUCGCCUCCCCCACCACCUAUCUGAGAGAUGCCAAAACAAUUUGUAUUGACAUGACCCUCCUUCCCCUACCAGCUAAAGAAUUAUGGUUGAAGGUGUAAUUAGUAAUGAAGGCAUUGGCACAAUUGCGUACCAUUCUGUUGCAUAGUUGAAAUUUCCCUAUUUUUUCAAUUAUUCUGUACAUGUGCACAGGCUGCCUUGAUCAAAAUCUAUCUCGUUUUUGUUAAUUAAAAUAUACUACAAAAAUAAUACCCCUUGAUCAUAAAUUAUAAACAUUGUGUUUCUCAGGCAUUGUUUUGAACAACAUAUUAUAUUGCACAAUGGAAUUGUCCUAAAAUGUAAUUUAAAAUUGCCACAUUUGUCAGAUAAUGAUGCAGUAGUUUCAAUGAAUUAAUUUUCUGGAUGUGUUGCUUGAUAUUUUUGUCUUUGCGCAUGAUGUAUUAAAGAAUAAUAACUAAGAACAAUGAUUUCCACUUGCAUUUUGUAUUGCAUACACAGCUUAUUUGGAAAUUCUGCCUCGUUUACAGAAGAGGUUUAUUAUCCAGAGCAAAUGGGCUUUCAAAAGACUGCCUCAAAAAGAAUGAACCUUCCUAUAUUCUUAAGACAUGCAGUGUUUAGCAUGUUGUUUUCAUUUUUUUUAUAUUAAAACAUUAAUUUACUGCAAAAAUUAUAAAGCUAGUUCAAUUUCUGAACAAGCUUAGCAAUAGUUUUUGUGCAUGGCUAACAUAUGGUAUGACUGAAUUGAUUCAGUACCUAUAGUUUAAGCUUAGAAUUAAUUACAAAUACUAAAGUUUUGUUUUAUAGUGACAUAAAUUCCUGAGAUGUUAGCUCAAAGAUGAACUAUAUCAAUUUAUGGAAAUGUGUAUCAUUGACUAUGCUUUUGAGUUCCACGUAGGAGCACGGUAUUGUAGGAGUGACAUUUAAGAUUUUGUAUAACUAUUUAAAAUAUUGAAUAAUGAUAGUUAAUAGAUAUUGAUUUAAUACAGGCAGUUAACUAAGAUCUUGGUUUUCAGUAAUGGUCGCUGAUAUACUGUGCUGUAUAUUUUGCAAUAUAGUGGGUAAUGUUUCCAUACAUUUUGCAUUCUGAGGCUAAUUGUGAUAAAGUGCAAUGAAUCAAAUCAUGUGAUUAUUGCGAUUUGAUGUUUUAUUUGGGGAGAAGAGCACAAUUUCCAAAGCCGACUAAGGCAGUGUCAAAUUGGAGUGUCUGAUAUGAAUUUUAAUUUCUACUCCUGCAUAGACAAGUUUAUUAAUUAGUGGUAGGAUUUUCUGAUUUUGAAGAGACAGACGAAGAGUUACAGAAUAAUGGUGCCCACUUCUGCAGGAGCAGAAUUCACUGUUGCACUGAAAGCAGCAAUAGUGACUAUUACAUACUGAAUCUGGCCACUUUGUGACAUAGGCAAAAGGCUGUGACUCCGGUGUGUGGAUUAGAACGAUGUUGGUUAACAGUUUUUUUAAGUUUAAACAUGUUGCACAUUAGAGAUUUUCUCCAAAGUAUCCACUUUAAAAUAGCUGUUUAUUAAUUUUCCUGGGACAUUGUUUUUGCCAAAUUGUUUCAAUUUUGAUCUCAGGACUGUUUAUAUGUGUUAACUGAUGAAUCAGAUUAUUCAGGGAGAGGUGUUUGCCUAACUGGAAAACUUCAGUUUUCUUAUGAAAGGAAAAACAUUGGCAGUUUAUUUUAUUUUUGGCAAUUUAUUGUAAAUUGUGCAUAUGUAAAUAUAUAGAAAACUUGAAGAUUUUGCCUUAGCAGCAUAGAAUCUUGUGUAAAUUAGUGUAUGUGGCUGUAGCUAUGCUAUUUUCCAAGUUUAUGCAGAAAAUUGAUUCCCAUUGUAAAAUUAAAAUCAUUGUUUAAAAAUAA